AUGAUGUUGUUGACUACGGUCACCCUUUGCCUCGUUAUGCUGACAAUGCAGCUGGCCGCCCUGCCGAACAUGAUUCCGCAGAACGCUCUCGCUUUCCAUGGCUACGGUAACGGAAACAUGAAGGUCGUUUCGAGCAAUGGGUACCCGGGUAACAUUAAAAAGUCUGACAUGCUGUUGCGAUUCGGCAAACGCGACGACCGCAAGCUGCUGCUGCGUUUCGGCAGAGUGCCGGUGGCGUACUACGACUUGCCACACUGGAGGGAUGACGACGGCUAUAACUACGGCCAUCUCGAAGAACCGUAG